AGAAUGGGAAACAAGCAGACGAAGAAGAAAAAGUAAAAACCGAGAGAAAAAUAAGGGCACGCAACUCUCAUUCCUCCUAAUUCCAAUGAUGUCCAUAACGACGGCAUGUUAUCCUUAACAUUUACCUGAAGCUCCACUGAAAGGGUAUUCAUUCAAAAUACUAACUGACUGCAGAAGCCGGACGCGGGAGAAUAUAGCAAGUCUUCUUCCCUCAGCGGGAGACUGCUGCUGCUGCUGCUGCUGCCUGCCGACCGAGGAGCCAGAAAGAGCAGAGACAGAACAGAGGAGGGAGACAGGAUGACAUAUGUAUGGUUCUCGCUACUGCCACUAGGCGGAGCUGGUGUGGUCUCGAUGGGACGGUGAAGAUAGCGUUAUCAGAAAGAAGGUUAUCUACCAUCUCCACGCUGUGAUAACCUCCUCUCUCUCUCUCAUUAUUUCCAAACAAAACAAACGCACCCGCUAUAAUAGCCAGUGUGGCUCUCUAUAGACGCCAGGAGCAGAGUGCUUAAUGGCAGAAGGACGGACCUGCGAUGACGGUCCUGACGCCGCAGUUGCGCUCGUCGAUCUACGCGGAUUUUGACGUCCUUCUCAGCAUUCGGUCUUGUAUUGAUGCUCCGGGUGUCAUUUGUGCCGUGUCCUCCAUUGCGUCCUUCGAGUGGCAGUGUUCUUUAUUCCGGUGCUCCUCCGAAGGCAACGGGCUCUGCGGUUACAACCCUCGGUGACCGUCGGAGAGUGGAUAGGCGACCCUCCUCCAGCAGGUGAAUUUUGGAGAAUCCGUAGGUGAAGUGCCACCCUGAAACUCGCCCCCUCUCCCGCCCCCGCCCCCUCCCCCUCCUCCUCCCCAACAGCCCCAUCACAUACACGCACACAAUAUGCCUUUCUCCCCCUUCCCCCGAAGCAACUAACCUCUGCCUCUUCCCCCCACCCACGCUCACGCACCUACCCCAGUGGCAUCCGGACAGAACAAACGUAAACAAACCGUGAGGCGGGCGGCCAUAAGAGUGGAGUUUCUGUGGCGGCGACUCGCGCACGAGCACUUACGAAUAGCGUGGCAAAAUAUUCGUAAUAGCUGAAGGAAGGACCCUGACGGUAAAUCAGUACGGGUCAAGCGGUGUCGGACAGUGCUAAGUGAUGAAUGUAGAGAGAAGACAGUGACAAGAAAGUACCGGCCAAAGAGCACAGAGCCAGGAAAAACAUGACAGACUCCCACUAGAUACCAUCUCGCUUCAUGAUAAUGCCGAUGAUAACGGAGAUAAGGAGUAACGGUCACGCCCUUGUCGUCUCCGUAACGUGUCCACCGACUACUGCAACGUGGAUUCAUCCUUCCCGGUGGCCAUUGGUGCUGGAGUGGCUGUAGGAGUCUACAGCCGACUUCUCUUGUAUACAAUCUCUUGAAGGGUAAAACUACGUAAAGAAGAACCAUAAUGAAAGACUUCACAUAGAAAAACAAGCGUUUAGAUGGAGUAAACGGGAGACGAAAUGAAGAAGAAAAAUGAAAACAAAAUAACAACUUGGUAUAAGUUAAUGAUAUGAUUCAUCUUGCGAUUAAGAACCAAUAAGACGGAGUUUCCAACUGUUUCAUGAGAGCUCGUCAGUGAAAUAUUGACUUCAAACGAAACCAAUGUAUAGGGCAAUUAAGUCACAGCAAAACAAAAAUAGGGUUUGCCAUAGAAAAUCUUGCAAGGGACACAAAGUAAUGAAAAAUCACUCAAUCGGGUAAGAAAACAAGUGCUCAUUUGCAUAAUACGAUUUAAAAAGAAAAACCAGAGUAUCUUCAAAAACUGAUGGUUGCCUUUCUCUCAGAUAAAGGUUGUAAAAUCAUUCUUAUCUCCUGAUGGUCUCUUUUUCUUUUCUUAUUUUUCCCUUGUUCUAGAUCAAGUGACAAGAUAAUGGUUACGUUCCGUCGAGAUUCGAAAGUUUUCUGCUGCAAUAUAGAUUCGGACUUUCAGCCAUCAAAGAUGGACAGAUAAUGCAAAAUGGUGGUGAUGGUGUAAAAGAGGAAGAAAGAGGGUAAGAAAAAAGUGUAAAAUGAAAGAAAAAAGGACCAAAGCAAAAAAUACCAAAUAAGAAAAAAUGAUUGGUUGUGAACGCUGUCAUCGUGAACAUUAAACGUCAUCUCGAAGUCGUUCUUUGUUGACGCAGAGCUAUUGAUGAAUGAUCCCUGAUAUAACACUGAUCUGUGGAGAUAGUGUGUUAGGAGAGAAAUUGAUGUGAGACACACAAACGCCAUCUGCCGAAGAGUGUUUUUGCUACUUAGCUUACCGGAGGAUGAAAUCGUCCUUCAAGGCUUUUCUCAUUUAAGGAAACAGAAUGAGUUCAAACGGCCGAGUGAUGCCAGAUGACGCCAAAAACUAAUUCUCUGAAAAAGGCGACCGUGAAACCUUCAUCCUCUAGUGACAAAAUCGAGUGAAAAUAGACGAAGUCAUGAUUAUAAAGUUGAAUUUCAGUGAUGGAACUACUUUCAGAAAUUCAGCAACCUCUGUGAGAUUACAUAAACGCUUUUAGUGACCACUUGCGAGAUAACGCAUGCGCACGAUUAUUUUGUGACUGAAGAAGCACCAUGGAGGACGACACCCACACCUGGUACCCGGAAGAGGAGGAUCAUGGAGCGCAUUCGGGACUCGAGGGUUGUCCCACCCCGCUCCUGAAAGUGGAGUCGUCCUGUGUCGGGGGGAAUAACGGAUCGAGUCUCGAUGCCCAGGAUUCGGCAGAACUCCCUCCGUCCCACAGGAUACCCUCCGACAUGGACACAGAGUCACAAAUACCGCUCAGUGAGGUCAUGGGAAAUCCUCACGCAGUUGACCAUCAAGGGGCAUUGCUCCCUCCGGCGGAGGUAGACAGGUUCUUCACCUCCUUAGACUCGACCGGAAGGGACCACAGAGCGAGAUAUUAUCCUCACGCCCACAGCCCCUCCGCAGCACAUUCUCUGCAGCAGUAUUCCCAGUCCACCCAUGGUCGGGUGAGUGGAGGAAGUCCUGUGAGGCCCCACUACCCAACUCCCCUCCACGCCUCUUGGUUUCCUGAACAUACUAGAACCGUGGGCGUAGGUGGCCUAGGCGUAAACGGGGGUCUGACACACACGCCUACAGUCUCGUGGGUUCCUCCUCUCUCAAGGGCUCCGCCACAAGCGCCUCUCCAUCCCACUCACCUCUUCACGUUCCCGCCCACGCCCCCGAAGGACGCCACUCCAGACCCCGUUGUCGGGGCCACCGUUGCCACCCAUGACUACAGUCUGGUGACCUCAUCUAACAGCCAAAUCCACCCACCACCAGCCCUUGAGGUCGCCAUGGGCGAGCUCAAGUCUGGACCUCCUCCCUUACUCCCCGUCCACCCAAUGGGCAUCUUGGGCGUCUCCAAACGCGAAGGUAGCGACGAAUACAGCCUCCUCACUGAUCCACCUUUGCCCCAUCAUCACCAACAACUUACUCAUAUCUCUUCUUGUGCGCCACACGUUGACCCAUCCUCCUCAUCCGCCCCCUCAAUCAUUUCCCAUCAAAUGGACGAUUAUGUCCUUCACUCCUCCUCACUCUCAACCACUUCCCCCGUCAUGGCUACAACCGCUUUCACAACCUCGACCUCUUCCUCCACCUCCUCCUCCUCCUCCUCAAACACUCCCUCGAUAGGAGCUUACGAAGCCUAUCUUCCGGCUCACGAGGACGUUUACUAUCCCACCGCCCCCGAUCCCCCUCCAACUCCCGGACGCGAUCCAUCAUCCAACAACCCAUCAUCCGCCUCGAAGAAUAAAACUAAAACCAAGACCAACACGGAGGGUCGGGAAUGCGUCAACUGCGGAGCGACGUCGACGCCCCUUUGGCGUCGGGACGGCAACGGCCACUACUUGUGCAACGCCUGCGGCCUCUACUACAAGAUGAACGGCCAGAACAGACCGCUCAUCAAACCCAAGCAGCGAAUGUCGGCCCAGCGGAGGGCGGGAACCAGCUGUGCCAACUGCAAGACUUCCACCACCACCUUGUGGAGGCGCAACCCAAAUGGAGAACCUGUCUGCAAUGCUUGCGGACUCUACUACAAACUUCACAACGUAAAUCGACCGUUAACCAUGAAGAAGGAAGGGAUCCAGACCAGGAAUCGGAAGCUGAGUUCCAAAUCCAAGAAGAAGAAAGGAAUGAUGGGCUUUCCCGAUAUGCUGAAGCCAUUAGACAAAAGUGGCUUCGUUGGCCUUGGGACCAGCGGGUCAGGCUUUGGGUCCAUGUCCCAUUAUAUGUAUGGCAGCCAAAUGCACACCUCCUCGGUCACGGGGGGGUUCAUGCCCUCAGCCCCUCCUAUGCCCACCAUGUCCACUAGUCUAGGAGGCCUGGCACUCUCAUCGACAUCGCAGAUUCAGAUACCAUCCAAUUUCAGUUUACAGUCCCCAACGAAUGGUUGGCGUUCAGACUACACAUGACGAGACCUGGGAUCGCUGGCCUGAUAUGGAGGGUAACGAAAAUGUUCCCCACAAGAAAGUAGCUGCGUCAGAUUCAGUUUAAUACUUUCAGUUUGAGAGGUUUUCGUGGUGAUUCUACGUGAGAGAUCCAGACUGUAUCUGUUCAUAUCUGAAAGAUCUUUAUGGAGGAUUUCGGUCACAUCUCAAGAAGUAUCAGCACUGCUGAUUUUAGCACAUGGAUACAUGCUAUAACUGAUGUAUACUUGUGGUCGAAUAAAGCCACAACUUAAGGAAGCACAAAUACAGUUCCUGGUUGCUCUGAGGGACAGCAGUAUAGCUCCAUUGCUCUGAGUAACGCCAGGGAAAUAUAACUAGGCUAAUGCAAAAUUGUAUUUUAUAACACCACUACGAGUGCUGUUUCCCCCAGUGUCUCAGACAUUUCUGGAGCUACCAUCUUUAAGAGAAAAGUGGUAAACAUAAGGAACAGUAGAUACUAAAUCGAAGGAUUAAUAUCUGUGAAAUGGAUGAAAAACUGAAAGAACGAAAAGUUCUCGAACAAAUAUCUAAAAGUUAAGUACUAUUCAUUCCGAUGAUUACUGUCGCAAGUCGUACAGAAGACAAAGACAGAUUUGCAGUGAAUGUGAGCUGGUUUACCGAUAUUAAGGCUGUUUUUGUAAGUGCAAUCUGUGUUUCACUGUUUAAGUCUUUUGUCACGUAAAGAGUGUGUUGGUUAAAUAUACAUCAAAAUAUAAAAAAGAAAGAAAAAAAAAACACUUCCUCCUAAAUUUGGAGUCGUGUAUCAAAUAUAACGAUUAUUAUUUUGGAUACACAUUUUGCACAAUACACUUGUACAUGACACGCAAACGAAGAGACUUCAUUGAGGUUAGGAGUAUCUAUAUGAUGAAUAGUCAGUCACAACCUCAACUGAUUUAUGCACAAAUAAAACUACGCAGCAAGAUCAUCUAAAUCCUAAAACUACACGAACUGGUAAACAGAUGUUUCUCUUUCAGGGUAAAAGAGGGCUAACGUCAAUUUUAUCUAAGUUUUCUGAAG